CUGAUAACGUGGUACUGCAGCGAGGCGAGAGUGAGAAAGCUCUAUCGGCAGCUCACCCUCACCCACAAGCAAUGCAUUGUUUAAAAGUAAGGUCUCGCCGCUCGUGUCUUGCUUGGCCUUCGUUGUCAGCCAUUCUUCUCGCGUAUCGCUGGAGAAUCUCGGACGACAGCAGCGAGACUGCCUUCUUACGACUAGAAAGAGAGCGCCGGUAGAAAAACAGGAGACGACGAUAAAGGAAAUAGUCGUCUGGGACUCGUCCCGCCGUCAUCGACAAUCAUGUCGUCUUUAUUAAAGUAUAUCGUCAAAAAUGACGCCAUGAAAGAUGACCCGAAGGAAAUUUACGGGUGGAGAGUCUAUCUUUUGGCGUGUUCUGCUUGCUUCGGUGCCAUGUCUUUUGGUUGGGAUAGCGGUGUGAUUGGUGGUGUUAUUAACCUUGACUCGUUUAUCGCCACAUAUGGUCUAGGAAGCAAAGACGACGUUGCAACCGCUAAUCUUCAAGGAAAUAUCGUAUCGGUAUUGCAAGCUGGAUGUUUCGUAGGGGCUCUCGCAGCUUAUCCCCUAACGGAUAUGUUUGGUCGUAGGCCGUGCUUGAUGGGUGGUGCUCUCCUCACUCUCGCCGGCGUGGCCAUGCAAGCUGCUGCUUCUGGUCAUCUCGAGCCUAUGUACAUUGGUCGAUUCAUCUCUGGUCUUGGUGUCGGUUGCUCUAGUGUCGUUAACCCGAUCUAUGUUACCGAAAACGCGCCUCGUGCCAUCCGUGGCCUACUUACAGGAUUGUAUCAAAUGUUUAUCGUUACUGGUAGUAUGAUAGCGUUUUGGGGCAAUUACGCAGUCAGCAUACACCUGAGAGGCCCCGCGCAAUAUAUCGUUCCGCUUUCGAUUCAAGGCCUACCCGCUCUACUACUAUUUUCGCUCAUGGCCAUCUGCAACGAAUCGCCGCGUUAUCUCGCCCGCAAGGACCGUUGGGAGGAGGCGAAAGCGGUGCUCAAGCGAAUCCGAAACCUCCCGUCUAACCACCCAUACCUGCAAGACGAGUUCCAGGAGAUCGCCGACCAGCUUGAGUACGAGCGGCGCCUGAUCGGUGACGCUAGUUUCUGGUCGUUACAGAGGGAGAUGUGGACUAUCCCCACGAACCGCAAGCGAGCCAUCCUCAGCAUCACCCUCAUGAUUUGCCAGCAGAUGACGGGCACCAACGCUAUCAACACAUAUGCGCCUCAGAUUUUCAAAAAUCUCGGCAUCACAGGCACAUCCAACUCAUUGCUUAGCACGGGUGUCUAUGGCAUCGUUAAGGUCGUGGCGUGCGGUCUGUUCUUGCUGUUCAUGGCCGACUCGCUUGGACGCCGCCGCUCGCUGCUAGUAUCCUCUGUCGGCCAGGCUUUCUGCAUGUUCUAUAUCGGUCUAUACAUACGGAUUUCGCCUCCCGUCGACGGGGAGCCCGUGCCUGGCGCCGGCUACUUCGCGCUUGUCUGUAUCUUCGUUUUCGCCGCCUUCUUCCAGUUCGGAUGGGGACCCGCGUGUUGGAUCCUGGUUUCCGAGAUCCCAGCGGCUCGCUUGCGGCCCAUGAACGUCGCGUUGGGAGCAGCUACGCAAUGGCUAUUUAACUUUGUAGUCGCUCGUGCCGUACCCAACAUGUUGGCUACCGUCGGAGCGCACGGGUACGGAACCUACCUCAUCUUCGGCAGCUUCUGCGUAUGCAUGUUUUUCUUCGUCUGGUUCUUCAUUCCCGAGACAAAGGGUGUUUCGCUCGAGCAUAUGGGCGAGCUGUUUGGAGUUACCGAUGAAGACAGGUUGGACGUGACUGAGGGCGUGAAGGGGGGUGUAUCCAAGGUUGAGGUCGAGCAGCAUUCGCACCGGUCAGAUGACAAAAGCGUUUAGACUGAACAGUAAAAAUGAGAAUAGAGAUGCCCUC